AACUGCAAAGCCAGGAAGCUACGGAGAACGUUUGAACUAAAACACAGACAGAAGCAGACGCUGCGUCAGGAGGCAACAUGCUGAGGAAGGUGGGGGAGGCCAGCGGUGGGGGGUUGCUCCCCCCCACACCACACUCAUGGCCAGCACACCCGUAGGAGAACACUGGAGCCAGCAGCCUCUGACCCCUCUGGGAGUCCUGACCAAGUGGCCACAAGGAUAGUGUUCCCUGGCCCCCCUGGCCCUUGGUGGACCUGUCCACUUGGGCUCGGGAGCUCGUGGAGCCUGGGGUGGCAGCGGGCCCAGCCUGCCCUGGAAGGCCAGCCAGAGUCAUGGCAGGUGUCUGUGACAGCAACCCUGACUUCCUCUCUCCGGCUGGAGAUCAGGUCCUGAGGCCUGCCCUGAACAGUGUCCUCACGCUGAACUGCACGGCCCGGGUGGUGACUGGCCAUCCCUGUACCCUGCCCUCAGUGCAGUGGCUGAAAGAUGGGCUGCCCUUGGGCAACAGAAGCCACUACAGCCUCCAGGAGGGUUCGUGGGUCGGGGCCAGCCUGUCAGCAGGGCUCGUGUCCAGUGUCCUGGGCAUGAACCUGAGCAGUGACGAGGACUACGGGGUUUUCACCUGCUCCAUCUACAAUGUCAGCUCCCCCUCCAUCACACUGAGGAGAACAGGUUCACCCGGCCAUGUAGCCGCGGUGCUGGCCUCCAUCCUGGUCGUGCUAGUGCUGCUGCUGGCUGCGCUGCUCUACAUUAAGUGCCGCCUGAACGUGCUGCUGUGGUAUCAGGAAGCCUACGGCGAGGUGGAGAUGAACGACGGCAAGCUCUACGACGCCUUCGUGUCCUAUAGCGACUGCCCGGAGGACCGCAAGUUCGUGAACUUCAUCCUGAAGCCGCAGCUGGAGCGCUGCCGGGGCUACAAGCUCUUCCUGGAGGACCGAGACCUCCUUCCCAGAGCCGAGCCUUCCGCCGACCUGCUGGUGAACUUGAGUCGCUGCCGGCGCCUCAUCGUGGUGCUGUCAGACGCCUUUCUGGGUCGGGCCUGGUGCAGCCACAGCUUCCGGGAGGGCCUGUGCCGGCUGCUGGAGCUAACGCGAAGACCCAUCUUCAUUACCUUCGAGGGCCAGAGGCGCGACCCAGCGCACCCAGCGCUUCGCCUGCUGCGCCAGCACCGCCACCUGGUGACCCUGCUGCUCUGGAAGCCCGGCUCCGUGACGCCUUCUUCUGAUUUUUGGAAAGAGCUGCAGCUGGCGCUACCACGGAAGGUGCGGUACCGGGUGGCCGAGGGGGACCCGCAGACUCAGUUGCAGGAGGACAAGGACCCCAUGCUCAUCGUGCGAGGCAGUGUCCCAGAGGCUCGGACCCUGGAGCCCCAGCUAGACCCGGACCCUGAGGGAGACCUGGGUGUCCGAGGGCCUAUCUUUGGGGAGCCCAUAGUUCAAUCGCAUCCGAGCAGUGUCCCGCUGGGAGAGGCCCGGGACAGCGAGGUGGACGUCUCGGACCUUGGGUUCCGGAACUACUGCGCACGCACGGACUUCUACUGCCUAGUGUCAGAGGACGACGUGUAACCCUGUCUCCUGGAGCCCAGGCCCACCCAGGUGGCCAGACUGCGGGGCCUGGGGGCUUGUGGUCUCUCUGCCCUGCCCUGGGCUCUAGCACUGCUCAGGGAAGGAGUGUGGCCCCAGGGCCCAUUCACAUGCCAGGAAAAUAAAGUUCUUUCGGAUCUGC